GGACAUUAGUAGGGCCAUACGUAACUCCCAAUCACAUUUUACCGUUGUUAUGGGAGAUUUCAAUGCAAAACUGGGCCGUAGAGGCGAUGAUGAGUUGAAAGUGGGGCCAUUUGGAUUUGGGCAGCGGAAUCCCAGAGGACAGAUGCUGGCGGACUUUAUGGAGAAGGAAGGACUCUUUAUGAUGAAUUCUUUCUUCAAGAAGCCACCACAACGGAAAUGGACCUGGUUGAGUCCCGACGGUGUA